ACAAUAAAUAUUUUGGGCUUUAUAGGCCAUAAAUCUUUGCUGCAGCUACUCAACUCUGCCACUGCAGCCGGAAAGCAGUCAAGGAAACAGGUAAACAAAUAAGCAUGGCUGUGUUCUAAUAAAACUUAAUGAAUCUCUCUGGUCUUAGCCACAGAAGCAAGGUGACGAAGGCAACAUCAUCGUUUGGAAAGCGUCGCAAUAAGACGCACACGUGCCACUGCUGUGGCUCUAAGGCCUACCACCUUCAGAAGCUGACCUGUGGCAAAUGUGGCUACCCCGCCAAGCGCAAGAGAAAGUAUAACGGCAGUGCCAAGGCUAAAAGACAAAAUACCACCGGGACUGGUCGAAUGAGGCACCUAAAAAUUGUAGACCGCAGAUUCAGGCACAGAUUCCGUGAAGGAACACCACCUAAACCCAAGAGGGCAGCUGCUGCAGCAUCCAGUUCAUCUUAAGAAUUUCAACGAUGAGUAAUGCAAUAGAUGUUCCGGUUAAA